AUGGCUACAGAGGUGCGCCAGAGGGUUAAACCCAAUGCAGCCGCUUUGCCAACCGACUCGAUCGCAUCCACUCCCUUGACCAUUACCGUCAACGGCAAGCCUGCGGCUGCUCCCCAUCCGUCUGGAAGGGAAAAGCACGGACGCGUGAUCCAGAUCUUGCGGGGCGUCUCGCUAAUUAUGUUCUUCUUCACAAUCCAAAUCACGCAAUGUAUCGGCGCGCCUCUCUACCUGAUCAACCGGCGUCUGUUUUACGACUACAUGGCCGUCACCAAGCAGUCCUUUGGCCUGGUCAUCACCACCAUGACAUACUGGUGGGGACCGACCACAAUUCGCAUCAGCGGCGAUGCGUCGGUGGCCGGCCAGAUCAAGUCUCUGUCUGAUGGACGCGUGGAAUUCAACUUUCCCGAACGAUUGGUUCUUAUUGCAAACCACCAGAUAUACACCGACUGGCUGUACCUGUGGUGGGUCGGCUAUGCCAACAAACCGAGAUCCCACGGAAGCAUCUACAUUAUUCUGAAGGAGUCGCUCAAAUACAUUCCCAUCAUCGGCCCCGGUAUGAUGUUCUACGGCUUUAUCUUCAUGUCGCGCAAGAUGGCCAUCGAUCGACCGCGCAUGGCGCACCGUCUUCAGAAGCUGAGAGCUGAGCACCUCGACCCCAGCGGAAACGUUUACUACGACCCCAUGUGGCUGCUUCUAUUCCCCGAGGGCACCAACUCGUCGAAUAACGGGCGCGUGAAGUCAGCCAAAUGGGCAGAGAAGACCGGAAUCAAAGACACCGAGCACGUUCUCCUUCCUCGGAGCACCGGCAUGUAUUACUGCCUGUCCGAACUGAAGGGUUCUGUCGAUUACGUCUAUGAUUGUACUGUUGCCUACGAAGGUGUAAAGCGAGGCGAGUUUGGAGAACAGCACUUCACUCUGGCCGGGACCUACCUCCAGGGCCAGCCGCCAAAAUCUGUCAACUUCUACUGGCGCCGGUUUCGUGUGGACAAUAUCCCCCUGGACAAUGCCGAGCUGUUUGACACCUGGCUGCGCGAGAGGUGUGCAGCAGACAGCAAGGAUGGCCCCUACAUCGAGACAGCAGUCCGUACGCGGUAUACUUUUGAGAUUGCCCAAAUGUUUGCCGUUCCUACUACCCUGUUAAUGCUUUGCAAUAUUGGCAUCAUCUACUGGCGUCGGUUUUCUGCUGGGGCAGCAUAG